UCAAUUUUGGGAUCCUUUUAGCAGAUCUAGGGUUUCGCAUUUCUACGAAAUUCACUGUGCAAUUUCAGAUCUCUAAUUGAUGUGAAUUCUCUGGGUAGCAAGGAAUUUAGGCAUCCUAUGUGUUGCGGGGGAUUGGAAAAUUGAUAUACUGAAUUAAUGGCGAAGAGUGGGAGCUCAUCGAUUAGGGAUCGGACGCAGGAAUUCCUGGGGAUCGCGGAGAGGGCGAAGAAGUCAUUCUCCAGGCCGAAUGGCCCAAGCAGCAGCGGAUCGAAGCCGGAGGAGCCGCCGAGGUCGGCCAUGGCGAUGCAGUCGGAGUUCAAUCGGAGGGCGUCGAAAAUUGGGUUUGGGAUUCACCAGACAUCGCAGAAGCUAGCUGCGCUAGCAAAAUUGGCCAAGCAGACGUCCGUAUUCAAUGACCCCACCAUGGAUAUCCAAGAGCUAACUGCAGUUAUCAAGCAAGAUAUAACGGCUCUUAAUUCUGCAGUAGUCGAUCUUCAGCUUCUCUGCAAUUCCCGCACUGGAAGUGGGGAUACGUCCACCGACACAACCACCCACGCCACUACAGUUGUUGAUGAUUUGAAAAAUCGUUUGAUGAGUGCCACAAAGGAAUUCAAGGAUGUGCUGACCAUGCGAACCGAGAACUUAAAGGUUCACGAGAAUAGGCGACAGUUAUUUUCCUCUUCCUAUUCGAAAAAUCCGACAAACCCUUUGAUUCGCCAGCGUCCUUUGGCCGGAAAAUCUGGUGCCAGUACUUCAUCAGCGCCUCCUCUCCCGUGGGCUAAAGACCAAGAAUCUUCCUCUCAAUUAUUUCCCAAGUCUCCGGAAGAUGCGGAAUCUCAGCCAUUGCUGGCGCAGCAACAAAAUCAACAACAGCAAAUGGUCCCAUUACAGGACAGCUAUAUGCAGAGUAGAGCCGAGGCUCUUCAGAAUGUGGAAUCAACGAUUCAUGAGCUCAGUAAUAUUUUCAAUCAGCUAGCUACGUUGGUUUCUCAGCAAGGAGAGAUUGCUAUCAGGAUCGACGAAAACAUGGAUGACACGAUGUCGAACGUGGAGGGAGCUCAGGGAGCCCUCCUCAAGUAUCUCAACAGCAUAUCGUCGAACCGGUGGCUGAUGAUCAAGAUUUUCUUUGUGCUGGUUUUCUUUCUCAUGAUAUUCCUAUUCUUUGUGGCCUAAUCAAGGUUUGAUUUUCUUGUAAGAAAGAAGAUGUAAUAUGCUUAUGAGACAUACUUACAUGCUUGUAUUUGUUUUCCUUAA